AUGCCUGACCCAAGCUCGACCAGGAAGCCAUAUUUUGGCCUCAAAGGAGGCUGGCUCACUUUUUGGAUCACCAUUGCAUGUGCCACAGAUAUGACCCUAUUUGGAUAUGACCAGGUUGUCUUCGGCGGUGUCAUUGUUACUGAUGAUUUCCUUGAUGUUUUACAUCUCGACGGAAAAACUUCGAUAAUCUCAACUGUGACUGCGGUGUACGAUGUUGGUUGCUUUUUCGGUGCCAUUGCCUCAAUGAUAUUGGGGGAGAAACUUGGUCAAAAAAAAUCUAUUCUAUGGGGAACCAUCAUCAUGUCCAUUGGCGCCAUACUCCAGAUUGCCGCCUACGGUGUCCCACAAAUGAUCGUUGGCCGCAACGGUAUCAAUACAGCUACGGCACCCAUUUGGCAGGGUGAAACAUCUCAAGCAAAAUGGAGGGGGAAACUGGUGGCGAUCGAGUUGAUUAUGUGCAUCGCCGGUUACUCUCUGUCCACUUGGAUGACCUUUUCCUUCUCUUUCCUUAGUGGACUAGUUACCUGGCGAUUCCCUCUUGCAUUCCAAUUUCACACCACAAUUACUGCUACCGUCCAAUAUGAACGAGAGAACUGUAUUCCCUGGAGAGCAGGUUCUCAAACCAUGCAACAGUUGGCGGAAAUCAAUGUCACCUCCUACUAUCUGACCACUCUCUUAAUAGAGUCCGUUGGCCUGUCAAAUCGUCUUGCACGUCUUCUCACCGCGUGUAAAUCGAUUUCUUAUCUUCUGUCUGGUAUCUUCGCUAUCCCUAAUAUUGAGCGAUUUGGUCGCCGCCAGAUAUUGAUGAUAUGCUCUCUGGGUCAAGGUAUAUGUUAUCUCCUUAUUACGGUAUUGAUUCGCUUCAACGAGAUGGAGGAAUACGGCCCCAAGCAAAAGGUGGCCUCCGCUUCCGUUGCUUUCUUCUUUUACUAUCUUUCCUUUGGUUGUGGCUUCCAGGGAAUCCCAUGGUUACUCCCUGUAGAGUUGAAUUCGCUGAGUAUGCGAACAAAGGGAGUCUCGAUUGCGACUGCCACGAACUGGGCGUUCAAUUUUAUGGUAGUUGAGAUCACACCCAUUGGCAUCAAGACAUUGGGCUGGAAGUUCUACAUCAUCUGGACGGUUUUCAACUUUUCUUUCAUCCCGCUUAUUUACUUCUUCUAUCCUGAGACCCCCAAUCGCCCGUUGGAGGAUAUCGACCGUUUCUUUAUUGAGAAUAAAGGACUCUUGAUCAUCAGGAACCCUGACGCUACAUCCGCGAACCGUAAAACCCGUUAUAUUGAGUGUGAGCUCGAUAUCAUGAACGCGCAGGAUAAGGCCGAUGCUGCCCACAUGGAAAUAGUUGCUGAGGGAAAGGCCUGA